GCGAGAGAGAGAGAGCGAGCGCUGGUUUUUGGCCAGUAGCUAUUUAUAGAGAGGGAGGGAGAAUGGUAUAUGCUCAAAGAACUGGUUUCUGGCCAUUAGAGAUUUAAAGGUGGUGAGAAAGUGAAGAAGGGGACCUGGUUUAGAGAGAGAAAGAGAGAGAGAGAGAGAGCUGGUUUUCGGCCAUUAGCGAUUUAUAGAGAGAGAGGGAGAAUGGUAUAUGUUCAAAGAACUGGUUUCUGGCAAUUAGAGAUUUAGAGGUGGUGAGCAGGUGAAGGAGGGGACCUGGCUUCUUCUCCCUCCUCUAACAUGGAGGACCAAAUUUCUGGUAUUUUGAGGCAUUCUCUUGAACGCAAAGACCCACCAUUAAUUUGGGCCAUGGAGGUUAGCAGCGCUUUGCAAGAGAGUGGUGUGGGGCUUCCUAGUUCAGAGUUAGGGCACUUACUGGUCUCUCACCUUUGUUGGGCUAACAAUACUCCUCUUUUAUGGAAAUACAUAGAGCACGCGGUGAGCUCUCAGCUCGUUUCUUCUCUGCAACUCCUUGCUUUGCUCACUUCCAGGGUGAUUCCUCAAAGGCUGAAUCAACCAGAGGCUUACAGGCUAUAUCUCGAGCUUGUUAGCAGAUAUGCCUUUUCAUUUCUCUCAACAAAAGCGGCGCCAUGUAAGGAAAAGAUUUUGAAAUCUGUAGAUGAUACCCUUCAACUUUCACAUAUAUUUGGGGUCAAAGUAGUGGAGCUUGGACAAGCGGUGGUAUUGUUCCUAUUUAGUGUUAUCUCUACUUUGGUGGAUUGCACGUUAGAAGAUUGGGGAUUGCAAGGGACGGCUAGAGAGAAGAACGGACUAUAUGGGACAGCUGGAGCUGGAGACAUGGAUAUAGAUGUUAAAGGGAAUAUUAAAGGGAAUAAAAAUGAUAGAUUGCUUGAGCACCGUGAUCAUCUGCGGAGUAUGAAUUCUUAUGCGGCCAUUGAAGUGGUUGGGAAGCUGUUUGAAAGCAAAAAAUCAUCGGUCUUGCUUCGGCUCGUGCAUCAUAACUUGCCUGAAAAGUACCGUGGUUUGCUACAGAGACUACAGUAUCUCGAAGCCCAUAAAUCAAAAUUGCCAAACAUGAAAGUGGGGACUCCUCUAAUCGGGAAGUUGUCUGGAGCCCUGCAGAGGGUCCUAGAGCGGGAAAACCAAUUGAAUAAGUGUCAAGUUAUCAGAGCCAUGAUUGAUAUUGGGUGUUCUAACUCAGUAUUGCGCCAUAAUUUUGGAGUUGCUCAUUCGGCUUCUUGGAUUUCUUUUGAUCUUUAUAUGGAGAAUGUAAUGGAUGGGAAACAGCUACCAGCAACGUCGGCUAUUGAGAUACUAUCAGAACUAAUCAAAACACUCAAAGUGAUGAACCGAGCUAGCUGGCAAGAGACAUUUCAAAGUCUAUGGAUUUCUGCUCUGCGCCUUGUGCAACGAGAGCGUGACCCACUAGAAGGCCCAGUACCCCAUCUAGAUGCUCGAUUAUGCGUUCUUCUGUCUAUUACACCCCUUGCUGCUGCUCGUGUCAUUGAGGAAGACAUGGAAGACUCUUCACUUAUUAAUGGUGGUGUAACCCAAAAUUCAGGAACCACUGAUGAGCAUGGAAAGGAUGGGAACUUACCUACUUCGAGAAGGCAAGGAUUGAUUUCUUCUCUUCAGGUAUUAGGGCAGUUUUCUGGGCUCCUAUUGCCUCCUCCCUCUGUUGUGCCUGCUGCUAACCUCGCAGCUGCAAAAGCAGCGGGAUUUGUUUCUGACAGUUUUAAUGGAGCCAGCCGUAGUGAUACCUCAGUUAAAGCAGUUGGGGACAUGCGUCACCUAAUUGUUGAAGCUUGUAUUGCGAGAAAAUUGAUCGACACAUCAGCAUAUUUCUGGCCUGGUUUUGUUGGUAGAUCGGUUACUCCACCACGGCCAGACACCACACUGCCUCCAGUAUCUCCUUGGUCUGCCUUCAUGAAAGGAGAUCCAUUGAAUACUCUGAAAUAUGCAUUGAGCAUGACUCCUGCUGCAAGUUUAGCAGAACUUGAGAAAAUCUAUCAUAUUGCCUUAACUGGAGCAGAAGAGGAAAGGAUAGCUGCAGCUAGAAUUCUCUGUGGUGCUUCUCUCAUUCGUGGAUUUAAUAUUCAGGAACAUGUAGUGCGGUUUGUGGUGAAGCUUCUGUCCCCUCCUGCACCACCGGACUUCACUGGACCUGGAAGUCACUUGGUUUCUUAUACAUCCAUGUUGCAGGCAGUCCUUUUUGGACUGUCCUCAAUUGACACUGUCCAUAUCCUUUCUUUGUACGGCGUGAUUCCUGAAGUUGCAGCUGCUUUAAUGCCCAUCAGUGAGACGUUUGGGACUCUGAUGCCUGCAUCUGACCCUAAACCAAGCGGUGGAGAAGAAAAUCCAGCUUAUAUGGUUUUCUCCUGUGCAUUUCUCUUUCUACUUCGGUUAUGGAAGUUCUAUCGACCCCCUCACGAGCACUACAUAGUAGGACGCGGCCCUCCUCUUUUCUCUGGACUCACUUUAGAGUAUCUUCUAUUACUCCAUAAUGGUCGAGUUGCUUCCAAUGCAACGAAGGGGACCAAUGAGAAAACUGGAAAGAGAGAGAACCAACAUUCAAUUUAUAUCGACUCAUUUCCAAAACUAAGAGCUUGGUAUCGCCAAAAUCAAGCUUGUAUAGCUUCAACACUUUCUGGACUAUGCAGUGGGAAUCCAGUGCACCAGGUUGCCAAUAAGAUUCUCAGUAUGAUUUAUAAGAAGAUGAAUAAAGGUGGGGUUAAUGGUCCAAACACCCCUUCGAGUGGGAGCUUGAGUGGGUCACCAAGGAAUGGAGAAGACAGUGGUCAGAGGCCCAUGAUUCCAGCAUGGGAGGUGCUUGAGGCUAUUCCCUUUGUGCUGGAGGCCGUGCUCACAGCAUGUGCUCAUAGAAAGCUUUCAUCUCGGGAUUUGACGACGGGCUUGAGGGACCUGGUGGACUUUCUGCCGGCUUCUAUUGGGACCAUUAUAAGCUACUUCUCUGCGGAGGUUUCUCGUGGUAUUUGGAAGCCUGUUGCCAUGAAUGGAACAGACUGGCCUAGUCCUGCUGCAAACCUUCUCUCUAUCGAAGCUGAAAUGAAGGAAAUUCUUGCUGCUACCGGUGUUGAGCUCCCCAGUUCUUAUUCAGGUGGGCUCGCCCAGAUGACGCUCCCUCUCCCCAUGGCUGCGCUGGUGAGCCUGACCAUCACAUUUAAGCUAGACAAGAGCCUCGAAUUCAUUCACAGUGUUGUGGGCCCUGCCCUCGAGAGUGCUGCCUCUGGUUGCCCCUGGCCCAGCAUGCCCAUCAUAGGGGCAUUAUGGGCACAAAAAGUGCGGCGAUGGCAUGACUUCAUCGUAUUCUCAUGCUCCCGCUCUGUCUUCAAGCAAGACAAGGAUGCUAUCUUUCAGCUCCUUAAGAGCUGCUUCUCUGCCUUUUUGGGCCCCUCGGGCCUGGUGGGCCUAGGUGGGGUUGGCGCAUUAGUGGGAAAUGGCGUUGCCAAUCGUGCAUCAUGGGGGGGUCGCAUGCCCGUGGCCCCUGGCUUCCUCUUCCUACGCACUUGUCGAACCAUACACAACGUCUCCUUCGUGACCGAAGCCAUCUUGAAGCUCGUUGUUGAGACUGCCCGGGAUCUCUCGAAGCUGCCUGAGCCACUGAUUGGAUCAUCCCAACGGCUCAGAUCGUGCCAGGUGUCACUUUCUGGCACGGCAGCCAGCGUGAGGGAGGCGGCAAUGCUAGGGGCGAGCCUGCUGUGCCUGGCAGGUGGGCCACAGCAAGUGCAGUUGCUCUAUGAAGAGACUCUGCCCACCUGGCUCCUCUCUGGCGGGCCUAGAGCCAUGGGACCACAGGCACGUCGACCCAUCUUAGAGGGCUAUGCAAUGGCCUACUUAUUGGUUUUGUGCGGGUGCUUCAUGUGGGGUCCCACAGAGGAGUCGGGGCCUCCGGGCAUUGCGAUGGUGCGAAGGCGUGCCCGUGCAAGAGUGGUGGGGAGGCACAUGGAGUUUUUGGGUGGGGCCCUUGAUGGGGAGAUAUCGUCAUCAAUGAUGGAGUGGGUGAGGGCAUACGUAGUGUCCUUUCUUGCGGUGGUGGUGAGGAUGGUGCCGUGGUGGAUCAGCGAGGUAGAGAGCGAUGUGGUGAGGAGGGUGGCAGAUGGUUUGAGGGGUUUGGGGGAGGGGGAGCUUGCACUCGCAUUGUUGGAAAGAGGAGGGCUGGGGGCUAUGAGCUGUGCCGCUGAGAUGUUCAUGACCGGGCCAUAGAUUAGGGUGGAGAGAGAGAGAGACAGAGUGCUCUAUGGCGCUGUGCAGUUAGUGAGCAUCAAACAACAUACAUGAGAGAGAGAGAGAGCUCCAAUGCCUCACAUGAAAUCAGCGAUGUGUUCAUGUGUUCUGCAUCUGCUCAUGUAACUUCUAAUACCAAAGAGAGAGAGCGAUCUUUCGGUACUGAGGCAGUUUUGUAAAACACACAUGGUUUUGUUCUCUGUUCCCAUGUACUCUCUUUUUGGGCCAAGUUAAUUACAAUUUAUGUAUGUAUUAUUUGAUAUUCAGAUCGUGGUCUUGGCCAAACAUCCUUUCUUUGAGAUUUGGUAUUGAAUAUUGGUCCAUUUACACGGUUGUGGGACUGGGAAAUGUGUCGGCAACUUGUAAAUUUAGCAGAGAGACAAUAAAUCUCAGCCCUUCGUAGUCA